CUUAUUUCAUUCCAUUUCUUUCUCUUCUUCAAUAUUAUAAGCGACUUCUACUGUCAUUCUAACGUUGCAUAUACUCAUCAUGUCUAUGCUAGAUUCUUCGCCUCGUUCCUCAAGCCCUACCGCUGGAUCUACCAUGACAGACAUGGUCCCCAGGCGCACAUGGCCAGAUAUGCCCGAUUUGCAUAGGACUCCCUCAGUCCUAUACGCCGAGACUGUUGCAAAGACUCCCGCUUAUGCGGAAGACGAAACCAAUAUUCCUCUUUCUCACUACGAAACGGUGGGGGUUCAGAAGCCCAGAGAUGUCAGCCUGCACGGUGUCGACCGGCUAGUACAAGAUUUACUAGCUACUCGGACGCUCCUCGAGGAAGAAAAAAGAAAAGUAAUAGAGAAGGACGCCGAGAUUGCACGCAUGGGGGAACAGAUAUCGCGGAUCCUAGAUAAAGCCUACACGCAGCUCUUAGAUAAAACCAACGAGCAUGGCCCAACAAGCAACACGACGGAAACGAAGGCACGGCAACUUGAACCAAUCAAAGUGUUGAAGCCAGCCCCCGAUGAAGAAAUAAGCAAACUUGGGCGGUUAUUGGAAUUUCACAAAACCAACGGAGAACGAGUAUCGAGGCAAUGUCAGGAACUACAGGCCAUCAACAAGGAACUUCAGGUCUCGCUGCAGGCCACCGAGAAGGCACUCGAGGAACAGGCAGCACUGAUUUCGAGUUUGGGGUUAAAGCCUAAUUGCAGACGCUCUUGAAGGCCACCGGCAUGAAGUGACAUGAAAUGGUGUCAUACAUACAGGUGAAUAGGUAGUAAGCGAUAGGAUGGGUGCAGCUAUUACCUGCGACUAUGGCAGCAGAUGAGAAGUUAUCCAAUACAAAACAUUUGUCUUCUGCAGAGUCCCUGCAAUUUAAAAUGAGUUGGUUGGGCG